CAUUGAAAUUAGUCAUCGGUCGCAUGUAGGUACUCCAGUUGUGCGUUUUUCCAGUGAAUAUUUAGCUGCCACUUAUCGUUGAACAAUUGAAUCAAUCAAUCAAUCAAUCGAGAUAAUAAGUGAAAGAGUGCAGUGUUGUUUAUUUGAUUGUUCUCGUCAAGAUGACCACCAUGACCGAACCAGCGCCGUCGGAUUUUGCCAACGAGGACUUUAUGACGAAUCCUUCACUGGCCAUGGAUGCCUGCUUCACUGCGUUCGACAAGGAUGGGGAUGAUCGCCUGUCGUUGGCCGAGUUCACGUUGAUCUGUCGAGCGUUGUUCCGGAAUGACAAGGGUCACAUCUAUGUGGUUCCCUCGGAUCGACUGGAGGAGAUGUUUGCCGUGUUCGAUAAGAACGAGGACGGCUACAUCGAUCGAGAGGAGUUUCAAUUCUGCUGGAACCAGUGGAUCAAAACGAUUGUCCGACCAAUCAGCGCCUUUCUCAUCGUGGAUGUUCAGAACGAUUUCAUCAGUGGUUCGCUGAACAUAAGCAACUGCAGCGCCCAGCAGAAUGGGCUUGAGGUGAUUGACCCGAUAAACAAACUCCUGGAUACGGUGGACUAUGACUCGGUGUUCUACUCGCUGGAUUGGCACCCGAGCGAUCAUGUUUCCUUCAUCGAUAACAUCAAGCAGCGGCCCAUUCACCCGACCAGCCCGUUGAAUGCCGAUAACGCCCAGGUGUACGACACGGUUAUUUUCGCCGGCCCGCCUCCGAUGAAGCAACGGCUUUGGCCACGACAUUGCGUUCAGGAUUCGUGGGGUUCCGAGUUGCACAAGGAUCUGAAGAUUCUCGAUCACGGCAUCAAGGUGUACAAGGGCACCAAUCCGGAGGUGGACUCGUAUUCGGUAUUCUGGGACAACAAGAAGCUUUCGGACACGACGCUGUGCGGCCAGCUGCGGAUGAAGGGGUCCUCCGACAUUUACGUCUGUGGGCUCGCUUACGACGUGUGCGUCGGUGCAACGGCGAUUGAUGCUCUGUCGGCUGGUUACCGGACAAUUUUGAUCGACGACUGCUGCCGCGGAGUGGACGUGAAUGAUAUCGAGAGUACCAAGCAGACGGUGAUAUCGAGCAACGGAGUUAUCGUCAAUUCGCGGGAGGUCAAAGCGAUGGUGGAGGGCCGGGACCGUCGUCCGGAGCUGGGCUAUAAGCUGGCCAUGGAGCUGAAGAACGCCGAUUCGGACCUGUCGAAAAAUAACGCCUGCCGACGACAGUCCCAGCCGCAGCAGGACAGGCCGCAGUAAAAAUUAUGGCUUUCCCAGAGCACACAGCAUCGGUGCCACUCGCUGACUCUUAUUCCCGUUUCCGAUUUUUUAGUUGUUCGUGGUGAUUUUUUUUUGUUUGCAUGAUUUCUUCACUUUUGAUCUUCUCGCUCGUUUCAAGCAGACGACGGCGGGCGGAAUUUUCAUUUCGGUACCGGUUUUCCGGUCACUUGCUCGGUGUUUGCCUUGUCGGCGGGUAGAGUUUGCCCUGACCUGACCUACGGCCAAAGAGCGUCUGCUGGGUAACACGUGCUUCUCAUUAUACUGAUUUUUUUUUCUUUUUCUACUCUUUAGAGCUCUCCUAGCUAUGUAGGGCAACUUUUGUUACAGAUACUUAAGCCAUAAAGAAGGAGUACAUUACAUCACAUUUUACUAGUUUCGUAAGUUUUGAACCCAGUGCUUAGUUAUGAUAGACAAAAUAUAGUGGAGGAAGAUGAUGAAGAAGCAGAAGUUGAAGGUGCUUUACUAGUUUUAAACACUACCGUCAAUAAUAUAACAGUUUGUGAAAAAAGUUUCGAAACAUGGAAUGAUUUUGAUUGAACCUGAUUACUAUUUGAUAUCGAUUGCAAUGUUAACUUCACCAAGGGAAAAGUUCGCAGGUCAUAGUGCGUUUUUGGUAACUUUUCCAUCACUGCUAAAUAUAAAUCUAUGAAUACGAUAAUUCAAUGUAUUAGUUGCAAUCUCCUAGCUUGAUUUGAACCGUAAUUUGUACGAAUGGAUUGGAGGCAACCGGUGUUUUGCGGGAUGGUUGAUUCCUUUUGCGGAGAAACUCAACCAGAGUCUAAAGCAUGAUUCCAUGGGAAUUUAACAAGAAUACUUAAGAUAAAAUAAAUUGUGUGGGGAACCCCAGGUGAAUUUUGAGGGAAAGUAGCCUAGUAUUCUAGAAUUUCAAAAUAAAAAUGGGAUUAUUAAUUCUAAAUAAAUUGGAAACAGUGUGAAGUCUAAUGUUAAUUUCAAGAUUAUUCUGAGUAAAAUUUCAGGGCCGUACUGACUAGUAUUCAAUGCUAGAAAUUCUGAGGAGAGUUCAUAGGAGAGUUCCAAAACAAACUCCUUGAAGCAUUUCCAUGCAAUUACUAUAGGGUGUCCCAGAAUGUCUAAGCACGAUUUAAAAAAUGAUAACGUAGCUUUGUUUACAUCAAAUUUGAUUUUUAUUUCGUAUUCAUGUUCUCUAUAGUAUUCUCUGUUAAACGUAGAAAAUACGAGAUCCGAUCAGUCGUAAGCCAAGGAGCGGAUUUUUGAUCUCACACUGCUCAUUAGCUUUAGCACAUAUGCAUUUCCAACAAUUUAGGAUACUUUUUUCCAGUCUUUCGCAAACUUUGUAACGGAAUCCGCUGCCUUUACAAGUUUCCGCAAAUAUGCUUUGGUCAGGACCCAAAACGUUUCGAUUGGCCUGGCCUAGGGACAGUUUGGCGGUUUCAUCUCCUUGGGUACGAAUUGGACCUUGUUGUUGGCUUUAUACCAGGCUACCGUGUCCUUGGAGUAAUGAACCGACGCCAAAUCCGGCCAAAACAGUACUGAGCAGGGUUCUGCAUUUUCGAAACAGAAAAAAGAAAGUGAACUCUCCGCAUAAUCGCUUCAUUUCGAGCAAUAUCAUGUUCGUGUAAGUCAUCGUGUUACUUGUUAUCUCGAGUCACGAUGAACAUUCCUCUUUUCAAACAUGACUGGACUAUCGCUUGUUUCGUUCGUCAAGUGCUUCAGUUCAUUUCAUUUGAAGCAAAGACUUGUUUCAAUUGACGCAAUGAAUGCCUCGAAAACUGCUUCCUUCGUUUUUUUCCACUUUCGCUUCAAUUCGGGGCUCAUUCAACUUGUCACGACCUGACGACGCAUGCAUCAACAUAUAGUAUCCGGAUAGUAUCCGGACAAUAUCGGUUGCCGAUAGGGAUGGCGUCCGGAUUAGGGGUAAGAGGGGCAUAGUGAGCAUCCCGUGCACCAGCUUGGACUUCCGGCCGUUCGGAACAAAUUGGUUGGUGGUAGGAUCAAUAUCAUAAUGAUAUUGAACCUACUGCCGGUUGAUUUGUUUCAUGCAGCUAGAGAUCCAGGGCCAAACUACGGGAUGCUCACUAUGCCCCACCUGUUCACUAUGCCCCUCCUCCCCCUAUAUGUACUAAUAAUAAAUAAUUUAAUAUUAAACGAAAAUCAAAUUAACGAGGCCAUUCUGGAGUCCAAGAUGGCGGCCAUCGGGGAAGUGUUAAAUACCCUACACACUUAAAAAUAACUAUUUUUACAGCAGACGUAAUCCAUCAUUGACGUAAAUUAUAGAACGUAAGCAAACAUUUCAUGUAAACUUAAGUGUUCCUAAACCGAAGCAAACGCAACUCGACGAAAAGUACGCUUGAUUGAAUUGAUUUUCUCGUUUCUUUCAACUGAUCCUUAUGUCAUUUGGGCCGCUUGUAUGUGUCGGUCUCAGGGCACGGAAAUUUACAUGAUUUUUUCGUAGUGUGUACAAUAGGGUAUUUUCGGAACGGGGACGGCGCGUGGAUGCUAAAAAUCAAUACACGACGGCAUGUUGGAAUUCCAGAUAGUGGCAAUUGGUUUUAUGAAGUGUCAAAUACCCUAAGAUAUGGGUAUUUUCGGAACGGCAACAACGCGUAGAUUCCAAAAAUCGAUAUCCGACGCUAUGUUGGAAUCCAAUAUGGCGGCCAUUUUGGAAUACAAGUUUCAUAAAACGUGUCAAAUACCCUAAGAUAUGGGUAUUUAAUAACGGAGACAACGCGUGGCUGCCGAAAAUCGAUAUCUGAUGCUAUGUUGGACUCCAAUACGGCGGCCACAGGGCGUCAGAAAAAGUGUCAAAUAGUCUAUAAUAUGGUAAUGUUCGGAACAUUGACAACACGUUGAUGCCGAAAAUCGAUAACCGAUGCCAUUUUGGAAUCCAAUAUGGCGGCCAUCGGGCUUCACAAAAAGUGUCAAAUACCCUUAGAUCUGGGUAUUUUCGGAACGGGGACGACGCGAAAAUCGAUAUUCGAUACCAUCUGUAGGCUAUUUGACACUUCUUCUGAAAUCUGAAGCUACCAUCUUGAAUUUAAAGCUGGCGUCGGACAUCGAUUUCUGGCUUCCCGAUUCCUAAAAAAAACCCACAUUGAUCGGUAUUUGGCAGUAUUUCUCAGUUUGUCUGAACCAAAGUCACCAUCUUGGAUUUUAAGACGGCGUGACAUAAAUUUUCGGCAUCUAUGCCUCAUCCCCAUUCUGAAAAUAACCAUAUUUUAGUUUAUUUGACACUUUUCCGCACUUCGGAAGUCGCUGUCUUGGAUUACAAAAUGGCGUCGGAUAUUGGUUUCCAAUCUCCAGACGUCACCCCGAUUCUAAAAAUACCCAUAUUGAUGGGACGGCAUCAGCAUUUUGCAUUUUUUCUGAAAUAGGAAGGUGCCGUAUUGGAUUUCAAAAUGGCGUCGGAUAUCGAUUUCCGGCCUCUAGACGCCAACCCAAUUCCAAUACCUAUAUUAAUGGGUUUUUGACUUGUUCUGAAAUAGGAAGCCACCAUCUUGGAUUACAAAAUGGCGUCGCAUAUCAAUUCAGUGCCAACAUUUCAAAGGGGCGUAAUUGCUUUUGUAAACAAUGAUUUUAGCCGUCAAUUUCUCGCGAAUGAAAUCUUACCUCUCCAAAAUAACAAUGCUAGCUGGUAGAGGAAACAUUCUUCUACCUGCUGGUGUCAUUAUUUUUCAUGAGUGAGCUUUUAUUCGCGAGAAAGCGAUGGCAUAAGCCAUUGUUUACAAAUGCAAUUACGCCCCUUUGAAAUGUUGGCACUGAAUUUUCGAUCGGUAGACUGCAUACCGACUGCAAAAAUACCAAUAUUGAUGUGAAUUUGACUAUAUUUCCACUUAUUGGUAAAUCGGAAGCCACCAUCUUCGAUUCCAAAAUCAAGAGCCACAUGUGAAAAGGGCACACUAGCUUUUUGUAAACAAACAUUUGUAAGCCCUUUUCUCGCCAACCGAGGGUCACCCAUCCAAACCAACAACAUCAUCGGGAAGGAGAAAGUUUUCCCUACCCGGUGACGUUGAUGGGUUGCGUUGAUGUCAUACGGGUGGCGAGAAAAGGGCAUAAGACGGCUUGUUUACAAAAAGCUUGUAUGCCCUUUUCACACGUUGUUCUUGAAAUGGCGUCGGAUAUCGAUUUUCAUCCUCUAUACAUCAUCCCGAUUCGAAAAAUACCCUUAUUGAUAAGUAUUUGACAGCAUUUCCCACUUUUUCUUAAACUGGAAGCCGCCAUCUUGGAUUUCAAAUUUUUUAUUCUCUAGACGUCACCCCGAUUAAAAAAAUACCCAUAUUGAUUGGCAAAUAAACCACCCAACAAUGAUAAAUUUGACAUCUACGUGCACAGAUCUAUGCGCAUGCGCUUAAAUGAACCGAGUGAACAAUCAACAAAAGUCAUAAAAACUGCACGAAUUUGGAUCGAACAGCUUUGCUUCAAUGGAAAAGUAAGUUCAUUUGACAAUGAAAGAAGAAAUGAACACGAGUCAAGCCAAAACAAACAGCAUGAAAACUGAUCGAAAGUGGUUCUGUUGAUGUUGACGGGGAUCUGCUCGAAGAGAAGACAUAAUGACUUUCAAUUGAAAGUGAUGGUUGACAUCGCUUCAUCGUCACUUGUAAGUGACGAUUUUCGAUAGUAAGUGAGUUUGUGGGGCCCUGUUUGGAACCUUCAUUGGCAGUAUUUAAAAUCUCCACCGAAAUCGUCUCGUACCCCGUAGCUCCGUCAAAAUCGUUUGAAAUCUCCGUCGGAAUCGACUGGAACACCAAAACCAAAUUUUGACGUUUGUCAGCUUGCUCACACCAGUGCGGAACCAAACUUUUUGUCAGUGCGAACCUCAACUUGAGCUACACAGUUCGAAAAAGAAGUGUAAAUUUCUGUUCAACAUGAUGCACAUAAAUGGAGCGUCACAUAUCAUAUAAGUUUACAUUAUAUAUCAUGUAAAAUUCAGAAACGUUUCAUGCAAUCUAGCAAAUAUUGUAUACAAAAGCCCAACUUUGUAAACAACAUUGUUUACAAGUUGCUCGGUUGUGUGAAAUGAAAUACAAGUUUACGUGAAUGAAUGUUUACAUCACUAUUAAAAUUCAGAAAUUUUAUCUGUGUAGGAUUUAAAAACAAACGAGCAAACUGACGUUUGUCAGAAAACAAUCAUACCCAAACUUGAUACCCGAUCCAGGUUGGAACUGAAUAAUAAACGAAUUCGCUAUUAAUGAUAGAUCAACAAACGUGCCAGCAAAAUAAUACUGCUGAAUUCGAAGCAUGAGAUAUUCCUGAAAUAUUUCAACAAUAUUUCCUUACUGAUUUUUUUCCCAGGGGUAGGAUGUGGCUGUCAGAUACGAACAAUCGUCGCUUACCUCGUAUAACUAAAACACUCAGUGCAUUUUAACGGUUCGAUUGGAACAAUCUCUGACUUCCAUAUUUUUACUUAGAGGACUUUAUGUAUAACUGGUUUCAAACGUAAACAAGCCAUAAGAAACCUACAUGAUUUAUUUGCGAAUUGCUUACAAGAUUGACCAGUAGGAUGAUUUGUCAGCACUUUCACCCCGCAGAAAAAAAAAAUAUUCUGACAUUUGGCAGCACUUUGAUGAAUAAAUUCAGUAAACCAAAUUUGUUUUUAUUUUGAGUUGGAGGCUUCUGUAAAAGACCGUUACAAAUACACAAAUGAUAAAGAAAAAACAAAUCGUCAGGAUCUUUUUGUGGGAAUCGCGGACUCGUUUAUUGUGCGUCUUAAUAUUUUCAACGAUCAACAGUGGACUGGAUUAGAAACACAAACAAUACAGUCACACAUCAGCAAUUAAUGUUUCGUUGGAUCUCACUCUCAUGAACUGCCCUGAAGAUCUCGAAUAUUUCUUGAAGUUCACGAAGCUUCCCUGAAGUUCUCGUUAAUUUACUGAUGAUGAUCCGGAAUUGACCUAAAUACUUGUGAAGUUCCCUGCAGUUCACUGUUCACAGUUUCUGAAAAUUUUCUCAAGUUCACUUAACUUCCCUGAAUUUUUAUGGUCCAUACUUUAAUUUUCGGAACUUCUUGGACGUUUCCGAUAUUUUCCUGAAAUUAAUGGAACUACCCUACAGAUGUAGAGAUCAAUCUGAAGUUCUAGCUAUUUUCCUGCUAUUCAUAUAACUUCCUGGAAAGUUUCAGAACUGCCCCGAAGUUCACGUUGCUUCCCUAAAGAUGAUUAUAACUGAAAUUUCGGUAACAACUGUAAAGUUCUUGCUUUUCCUUUAUUUAACGUCGGUCUCUGUUCCGCAAUCUAGUGCCAAUCACCGACGGACAUCGAUUGCCAUCCAUUGACGGCAAUCGAAUGUUCAGGAAGGCAGCUUCCACACCUGCGUGGGAUAUCGCACCCAUUCAACACACAUGGGUUGGGACCAACGGCUUUACUUUCCUUCCGAAGGAAGACGUGACCAGAGAUUUUUAUGCCUCAGAAAAAUCCCACCGACCUCGACUGGGAUUGAACCCAGACCCAUUGGGGUGUUAGAAAGCAGUCACGCUUACCACUACACCACCGGCGCCGGCAUAAAGUUUUUGCUAUCCUCCUGAAGUUAAUGGAACUUCCCUGAAACUCUCUGCCCCGGAUAUUGGAUGCAGCGAAUGUUUGUGAAAUGUGUCCUUGAAGUUCGUCUCCUAAAAAGUUUCGGCAAUUUUUUCUAAUGUUAAUGGAACUCCCGCACAUAAAUCUAUGCAUCACAAACUUACAUAUUUUGAAUGUUUGGAUUAUGUUUUCUUAUGUUAUUCAAACACUUCUGUUUCUGUUUUCAUAGAAAAGCAUGAGUAUUCAUGAGGCGGCCGAAUUUAAUCCAAAAAAUGUGUACCUGAUGGGCGCAUCACAUUUAUUAUAGAACAUUUGAAAGCGAUUUCUUUUUUCAAACGUUUGUUUUUGAAAUUGCAAUUGUAAUGUCAAAUUGUAAACAUUCAUUGGGUUUUCUUCUUCUAAAUCAUUCUUUAUUGAAACUUGUUACGCAGUCAAAUCAGAGUAAAAAAAAAAUACUAGAGGCCAUACAAUGUAAAACACCAAGCAUUAUUUUUGAACCAGUUCCAAUGUUACAAACGUAAAAGGUAAAUUAUAGUUUAAAGUGGUGGAGGUAGCUUUUCGAGGAGCACUAACAACACCAUUCCUGUCGCUGUAAAAAACUUAAUUUUCUCGGUAUAUAAUAGAAAAAUACAAAAAAAAAGGUGAUAAUUUCUAAGUGGUAGCACUUAUAGAGUUGAUAUCUGAAUGAAGCAAAGUUAAAGAUUUUAACAAAAUACAAAUAAGCAUAAAACACAGAUGACAGAUGAACACUAUUAAAUUGUUGACAUAUUUUCACCCAUGAGUAGAAUUGAAAUGAAACCUAAUACACCUAGCUAAACCUAGCAGAGAGACACACAUUCGGAAAGCGAGGAAACACUAAAACUGUAUGUACACACAACAUGUAAUAAAGAAAACCGCGUGAAUAGCCCCACACUGAUACGC